AUGUCAGCUAUACCAAUAACUCCAACUAAGCGUAUCAGAAGAAAUCUAUUUGACGAUGCUCCAGCAACGCCUCCACGACCUUUGAAAAGAAAAAAGUUGCAGUUCACAGAUGUUACACCAGAAUCAUCCCCAGAAAAACUGCAGUUUGGCUCACAGUCUAUUUUUUUGAGGACAAAGGCACUUUUGCAGAAGUCAUCUGAGCUAGUCAACUUGAAUAGCAGCGAUGGUGCAUUGCCAGCAAGAACAGCAGAGUACGAACAAGUUAUGAAUUUUUUGGCGAAGGCAAUUUCUGAACACAGGUCCGAUUCACUGUACAUCACGGGUCCGCCUGGCACUGGCAAGACUGCCCAGCUUGAUAUGAUUAUAAGACAGAAGUUCCAGUCCCUCCCAUUGUCGCUCUCCACGCCACGCUCGAAGGACGUGCUGAGACAUACGAAUCCGAACUUGCAGAAUUUGUCCUGGUUUGAAUUGCCCGAUGGAAGGCUAGAAUCCGUGGCGGUAACCAGUAUUAAUUGUAUAUCGUUGGGAGAGCCGUCCUCCAUUUUCCAGAAGAUUUUCGAUUCCUUCCAAGAUCUGAAUGGCCCAACAUUGCAAAUAAAAAACAUGCAGCAUCUACAGAAGUUCUUAGAGCCUUAUCAUAAGAAAACUACGUUUGUGGUUGUGUUGGACGAGAUGGACAGGCUAUUGCAUGCUAACACGAGCGAGACACAAUCAGUUAGAACUAUUCUUGAAUUAUUCCUUUUGGCGAAAUUGCCUACUGUGAGUUUUGUGUUAAUCGGUAUGGCUAAUAGUCUAGAUAUGAAAGAUAGGUUUCUUUCCAGGUUAAAUUUGGACAGAGGGUUGUUACCGCAAACUAUAGUUUUUCAGCCAUACACUGCUGAGCAAAUGUAUGAAAUCGUCAUUCAAAAAAUGAGUAGUCUGCCCACUAUUAUCUUCCAACCGAUGGCCAUCAAAUUCGCAGCAAAGAAGUGUGCUGGAAAUACGGGUGACCUUCGAAAACUUUUUGAUGUCUUAAGGGGAAGUAUCGAAAUCUAUGAGUUAGAAAAGCGGUUUCUGCUUUCACCAACAAGAGGAUCAUUGAACUCUGCGCAAGUUCCUUUGACGCCAACUACUUCUCCGGUAAAGAAAUCGUAUCCAGAACCACAAGGUAAAAUAGGCUUGAACUACAUAGCCAAGGUCUUCUCAAAAUUCGUGAACAAUAAUUCUACGAGAACGAGGAUAGCCAAACUAAACAUCCAGCAAAAAUUAAUUCUUUGCACCAUAAUUCAAUCACUGAAGCUAAAUUCCGAUGCUACAAUCGACGAAUCGUUUGAUCAUUAUAUCAAAGCGAUAACAAAAACUGAUACUUUAGCACCAUUGCAGAGAAAUGAAUUUUUGGAAAUCUGUACAAUUUUAGAAACUUGUGGGCUGGUUUCAAUCAAAAAGACAAAGUGUAAAGGGAAAACCAAGAGAUUUGUUGAUAAGAUUGAUGUUGAUCUCGACAUGCGAGAAUUUUAUGAUGAGAUGACCAAAAUUUCAAUUUUGAAACCUUUCCUUCACUAG